UAAUGAAAGCUAAGCAAUAGGAAGUUGGUAUAACCUCCAUCAACUCUCUUCCUUCGGAAAAAAGCUUCAACCUAGCUCUAUUCCUUUUUGUUCUUCUUUCUCACUCAGUCCUCAUGGAUCAACAAGAUGGCGAUUACAGCGGCGAUUUUAUGGUCCUAAGACCGGAUAAAGGAGGGAUGUUGGAUCUCUUCUAUCUCUUAUUUUCGAGCGAUCUUACGAAGAAUAACGCCGUCGACUGCCCGAUCGGCACCGAGAUAGACAAAGUAGGAAGAAGAUGGGCGAUCUUCAUCUCCCUCCUCUUGCAGAAGAUUCUCCUAAAGUUGAAGAAACCAAUGGCUCUCGUUGGUUCUGCGCUCGAGCAGUGGAUGAAUCUUCUCUAUGAGAAUGGUAGUUACUGGAAUCUCUUCAGUAAUAUCGUGAAAGGAAAAAUGAGGAUGCCGGACAAAACGAAGUCGACAUAUAGAUCGGCGAUUGGACUCAUCGACACGCGAGUCGACUUGGAUAAGAAGAUCAAAACUAGUGAUAGCAGAUACAAUGCUGCAUUGUCUAUCAUGGCUGCAAAGCUAGCUUAUGAGAAUGAAGCAUCCAUUGAGACCAUUGUUACACACCAUUGGAAGAUGAAGUUCUUGGGGAGUUAUAGUUUCUGGAACGAGUACCAAGGGGACUACUCCACCCAAGCCUUCAUGUUCUGCGACAAACCGACGGACGCCGAGCUCAUCGUAGUGGCAUUCCAGGGCACCGAGCCAUUCGACGCGAUGCAGUGGCGCACCGACAUCGACUUCUCGUGGUACGAGAUCCCAAACGUGGGCAGAGUCCACUUAGGCUUCAUGAAGGCACUAGGCCUACAAAAAACCAGUGUCGGAUGGCCGAAAGAUAUCCAAACAUCAGCGAAGCCGCUCGCUUACUACACCAUUCGCGAGAAACUUCGCGGUGCUUUGGUGGAGAAUAAGAAUGCGAGGGUUCUGAUAACCGGACAUAGCCUGGGAGGCGCGCUGGCGAUUCUGUUUCCUGCUGUGUUGGCGUUGCACGAAGAGCAUAACAUGUUGGAGAGGUUGGAGGGAGUGUACACGUUCGGGCAACCCAGGGUUGGAGAUAAGAGGCUUGGAGAGUUUGUGGAGGGGUUCUUGGAUAAGCCUAAGAGGAGGUACUUCAGGUUUGUUUACUGCAAUGAUGUGGUACCUAGAGUGCCCUUUGAUGACUCUGUUCUCUCGUUCAAGCACUUUGGCAAGUGCCUUUACUAUGACAGCUUCUACAGAGGAAAGGUACUGAGCGAUGAGCCGAACAAGAACUACUUCUCGGUGUGGACGGUGAUCCCGAAGUACAUGAACGCAUGGUGGGAGCUCAUCCGCAGCUUCUUGAUCGGAUACGUGGAGGGCUCUGAUUACGCCGAAGGGCGGCUACUCAGAUUCGCCAGGGCCGUUGGAUUGCUGAUCCCCGGUUUGCCCCCGCACUCCCCACAAGAUUACGUCAACUCCACCCGAUUGGGGACUCCACUCGUGCCAGAGAAUUAAUUAAUGACUCCUCAACUUAAUUGCGUGAUAUUUAUUCACUAAAUUUAUACAGAACUUUAUUUAAAUUAUAGACUAUUUUAAAUUAAUAAUUUAAACUCUUUAAAUUUUAGUUUUUUAAUUUGUUUAAUUUGAGUCUGUCAACGAAAUUUUAUGUGGUCUAUAUUUAUAGAUUUACUUGUUAUAUUU